AACUCAAAAAAGGCAAAUUUCCAGAUAUUUAAAAUAAAUUAAAAACCAGGGAAAUUACCUGGAUUUUCCAGCCACUGGAUUUCAGGCGAAUCUCCCUCAGUUGCAGCCCAUUUUCAAUUAUAUAUAUGUACAAGGAGAAAGUCUGUUUUCUAGAUUACAAUUUUGAUUUUCUGCUUCAAUUUUAAAAAUUUAGCUUCAAAAAAGCAAAAGAAAAUUUGGGUUCGUUUUCAUGCUUUUGGAUGUAUUCUAGUAUGAAGUGAUUAUAAAUAUGGUGAUGGGUUGGGGACGGUUGUUCUAGAAAGUAGAUUCAGUUUAUUGAGUUGUUCUUGUCUUCCUUCCGCCAUUUUCUGUAUUUCUUUUGGGAAUUUGUGGGGAAAUCUUAACCCAGAAGCGAAAGGAAGAAAGUUUGGAAGGGGGAAAUGGAAUCGUCAGCGAAAUCGGUGGAUGAUAUUGUGGGGGAGAUCAUGAGAAUUCAUAGAUCUCUGCCCACAAGGCCUGGGAUUGAUGAGGUGGAAGCAGCAAGGACAUUGAUAAGGAAUGUGGAGAAGGAGGACCAAGCGAGACUCGAAGCCAUUGGGAGGCAACCCAGAAACCCAGAUGUGCCGGAGGAGCUGUUCAUGGUGUUUCAGGAGAUGCAGAAGAAUUUGGUGUCUUUGCAGAGCAAAGAGGAGAAGAGGGAGGCCUUGAAGUUGCUUGAUCUUGAAGGGGUACACUUGAUGUUCGAUGAUUUGAUUCAGAGGGCCUCUAGAUGCCUUCCUUCUACCUCCAUUUCCCACCACUCUAGCAGUUCCUCUUCCUCUCCCUCCACUUUGUCCAAGUCUUCCGAGUCUGCUCCUGCUUCAGCUUCAGCUACUGCUUUCAAUUCCACCGUCUUUAAAGAAACUCCUAAAGUUACUGAUUUGUUCACCAGAGAUGAUAGUUAUGUGAAGAAGACUAAGUCCACAUUUUAUGUGGAUGGAAUUGGGGCCAGUCCUGCGAAUUUAUCAACACCCCAGAUACUGGAUUCGUCCCUAAAGUCUCCAAGCACUUCAGGUCAAGAUAGUGAGAAGUUGAGUCUGAUAAAGCUUGCUAGCUUGAUUGAAGUAUCUUCAAAGAAAGGAACUCGAGAUCUCAAUCUCCAGAACAAGUUGAUGGAUCAAAUUGAAUGGCUACCUGACUCCAUAGGGAAGUUAUCGAGUUUAAUGACCCUGGACUUGUCAGAGAAUCGGAUUGUAGCCCUUCCAGCUACAAUUGGGGGCCUUUCAUCAUUGACAAAAUUGGACUUACAUUCAAACAGGAUUGCUGAACUCCCUGACUGCAUUGGAAAUCUCCUCAGUGUGGUUGUUCUGGACCUAAGGGGGAACCAGUUGACAUCUCUGCCUGCUACAUUCUGCAGACUGGUCCGUCUAGAGGAGCUCGAUUUGAGCUCAAAUAGGCUCUCUUCUCUUCCUGAGUCCAUUGGGUCACUUGUCAAACUGAAAAAAUUAAGCGUGGAGACUAAUGACAUCGAAGAAAUUCCACAUACUAUUGGUCAGUGCUCUUCCCUCAAGGAGCUUCGAGCAGAUUAUAAUCGGCUCAAAGCUCUUCCAGAAGCUGUAGGAAGGAUACAGUCCCUGGAGAUUCUGUCUGUGCGUUACAAUAACAUCAAACAAUUACCCACAACGAUGUCCUCACUUUCAAACCUAAGGGAGCUUGAUGUGAGUUUCAAUGAGCUUGAGUCGAUACCCGAGAGUUUAUGUUUUGCAACCACACUUGUCAAGAUGAAUAUAGGCAACAAUUUUGCUGAUCUGCAAUACUUACCACGGUCUAUUGGCAACCUUGAGAUGCUUGAAGAGUUGGAUAUUAGCAAUAAUCAGAUACGGGUCCUUCCAGAUUCUUUUAAGAUGCUAACACGGCUAAGAGUCUUACGGCUGGAUCAAAAUCCUCUAGAAGUGCCACCAAGACAUGUUGCUGAAAUGGGUGCACAGGCCGUAGUUCAGUACAUGGCUGAACUGGUCGCAAAGAGGGAGGUCAAAUCACUGCCAGUUAAGCAGAAAAAGACCUGGGCUCAGAGAUGCUUCUUUUCAAGGUCUAACAAAAGGAAGCGCAAUGGCAUGGAUUAUGUGAAAGCCUGAAUUUUGGAGUGUAAACAAGAAAUAGAACAUGAUCUCUUUGUUGGGGAAAUCCAACUGUCAGCAGGGUAGAUCGGAAGUAAGGUCUUAUUGCUGCCAAUCCCUCCACAUACAAACUAGGGCAGUCAAUUCAAACAUGGCUCCAACCCUCGCAUCUCAAAUUGUAGAUUUUUAUUUUCCCUUUCUUCUGGUUUGCUCUUUUACUUCCACCUGUAUUUCUGAUGUUCUUGAGUGAGAACGAUGGGAAUGUACAUGAGAUGUACAAUUUCAGCCAGCAAGAGGAGGAAAAAGAGUUGUAUUCGCUGCCCCUUGGUAUGAAAUGAACUAUGAGUCUACCCUUUUCACCACUUUCAAUAGAACUUGUUCUUUCCAGAAAGGAACUGCAAUCUGCUCUUGUCUUCUUAACUCUCACCAAUUUGGUCAACUCUUAAGCUUCUCAAAUUGUACUUGUACCCAUAUGUUGAAGUAGGGUUCUGAUCUUGGCAGCUUACUUACAGCAUGUGAAGUCCCCUCAAACCAUCCAUAGACGGCCUGCUCUUAUCAAAACAAUACAGUUAGAAUAUGUCUGCUGACCUGGUUCUUCUUGCUGAAGCCAUAGUCAAAGCUGCAAGUGGUCUGUUUUUUGUAAAUGAGAGAGGGGCCAGGCCAUUCUAUUCUAAUAUCAUCCUUUUAAGUUGACCUACUGUUUGUUUGGUUAACCUUCUGAAUUAGAAUCCUAAAUUCCAGGUACAUUAAGUGUUCUCCCUUCAGAAUUCCUCUGAAAGAAAAGUAGCUACCAUAGAUUUAAAACAUGGAGACAAGGAGCUGAAAUGCAGCGUAUCAAUAAAAGCAAUAUGCAGUGGACACUCUUACCGGGCGAGAAUAUCAUAAAAGAAAGCUGCAGUGAAGGACACACAGAGCAGAGAAUGUUUUACAUGGUCAGGUAGAUUCAUGUCCAGUGAAGUUGAGGCUGUGUGAGCGUAUAAUUCAGCAAAGGACACACUGUUUUCUCUUUUUCUUUUAAAGAUUGGAAUGCCAGAUGUUCCAAAGUUGUCAACUUAAUAACAUUAUCUGGAAAAAAAUGCUGGGUUUUGCCUCUGGACAUUGAAUUAGUUA